CAAUAAUCAUUCAUUAUGGGAGGCCUAAAGCGUAAAAUAGAGAUUAAGUUUAUCGAAGGCAAAGCAGUAAGAUCAGUUACGUUUACCAAACGACGUAACGGUCUCUUCCGCAAAGCUGCUGAGCUCUGUCUUCUCUCUCCCGCCACUCAAAUAGCAAUCUUAGCCACUCCUCCUGCCACCAAUUCUCACGCUGAUUUCUACUCCUUUGGCCAUUCCUCGGUCGACCACGUUGUCUCUUCUCUACUCCACGACCAGUCUCCUGGUGAUCCGACAAACCAAGUAGAGAACAGAAGGUUAGGUUUCUGGUGGGAAGAUGAAGCCUUGGAGAGAUUGGAGAACGUCGACGAGUUGAGAGACGCGACCGAUGCGGUUUCCAGGAUGUUGAACAAUUUAAGGUUACGAUUAGAUGCCGUGAGGAGUAAUCAAAGAGAUGGAGCUUUAGUGAUCCAUCAAGAGGAAGCUCCUAAGAUUCGUUACACCAACAAAGAAAAAACGAAUCAAAUUACAAAUUCUGAAGGUUCUUCUGGUUUAGUGAUCCAUCAAGAUGAGGUUCCUCAGCUUUGUAAUACCAACACGAACAACAAAAACGAAGAGACGACGACUCAAAUUGCUAAUUCUGAAGGUGCCUCUGGUUCUGGGAGUUUGGUACAAAAAGAGGAGGAUGUUCUGCAUAUUGAUGGCUUGGGUACUGAUGAUUUUUUCACUGAUUUCAAGUUUGAUCCGUUAUUUAAAUUUUGA